CCACCGCCACCGCCACCGCCACGCCCACGCCCACGCCGCGUAAUCAAUCAAUCAAUCAAUCGAUCAAAUCAACGAGCAGCCGCCCGCCGCCUCACGUGCCCCCUGCCCCCGCGUCCCCGCGGCAAGGCGCGACGGGGAGCGGGACGCCGCCGCGAUGAAGCCGCACCCGCCGCCGCCGCCGCCGCCGGGCAGCCGGGGGUGGGGCGGGGGCGCGCCGGGCCGCCGCCGGGCCUUCGCGUGCGCCCUCGCCGGGGCCGCCCUCGCGCUCGCGCUCCUCUGCCUCUUCCACGGCGCCGCCUUCGGCCCCACCCUCCGCCGCCCUCGCCUCCGCCUCCGAGCCUCGCAGGUCGAGGCCCAGGCCCCGCUCCCCGCCGGCCUCGCGCUCUCCUCCCUCCCGGUGUGCGACGCGCGGCACUCGGAGCUGAUCCCGUGCCUGGACCGGGGCCUCCACCACCAGCUCCGCCUCAGGCUCAACCUCUCCCUCAUGGAGCAUUACGAGCGCCACUGCCCGCCCGCGCCCCGCCGCCUCAACUGCCUCAUCCCCUCACCCGAUGGCUACCUGGUGCCGAUCAGGUGGCCGAGGAGCCGGGACGAGGUGUGGACGGCCAACAUACCCCACACCCACCUCGCCUCCGAGAAGUCAGACCAGAGGUGGAUGGUGGUGAACGGUGACAAGAUCAACUUCCCCGGCGGAGGCACCCACUUCCACUACGGCGCCGACAAGUACAUUGUGAACCUCGCGCAGAUGUUGGGGUUUCCGAAUGACAAGCUGAACAACGAAGGCAACAUCAGGAACGUGCUCGACGUCGGCUGCGGGGUUGCUAGCUUCGGGGCUUACCUCCUACCGCUAGAUAUAAUUGCGAUGUCGCUUGCUCCCAACGAUGUGCACGAGAACCAGAUUCAGUUUGCCCUUGAGAGGGGGAUACCGUCGACCCUUGGUGUGCUGGGCACAAGGAGGCUGCCAUAUCCAAGCCGCUCAUUCGAGCUGGCGCAUUGCUCACGCUGUCGAAUUGACUGGUUGCAGAGGGAUGGGAUCUUGUUGCUGGAAGUGGAUAGGGUUUUGAGGCCUGGAGGGUAUUUCGUUUAUUCGUCACCAGAGGCUUAUGCUCAUCAUGACCCAGUUAACCGGAAGAUAUGGAAGCAGAUGAGCAAUCUUGCUCAGAGGAUGUGCUGGAGGAUUGCUUCAAAGGAGGGUCAGACGGUGAUAUGGGUCAAACCAUUGACAAAUGGGUGCUAUAUGAGGAGAGAGCCCAGAGCACUUCCUCCCAUGUGUGGCCAUGAUGAUGACCCAGAUGCUGCUUGGAAUGUCCUCAUGAAAGCAUGCAUAACUCCCUACUCCAAGAGAGUUAACAAGGUUAAAGGAAGCGAACUGCUUCCCUGGCCACAAAGGCUCACAGCACCACCCCCUCGUCUGGAAGAGAUUGGAAUCAGUUCAAAGAAUUUUACUGAAGACAAUGAAAUUUGGAAUUCUAGAGUUGCUCAGUACUGGAAACUUAUGAAAUCUGAGAUACAGAAGUAUUCCUUCAGAAAUGUUAUGGAUAUGAAUGCUAACCUUGGUGGAUUUGCAGCAUCACUGAGGAAAAAGGAUGUCUGGGUAAUGAAUGUAGUCCCUUUCAUGGAAUCUGGAAAACUGAAGAUCAUAUAUGACCGUGGUUUGAUAGGGACAAUCCAUAACUGGUGCGAGUCAUUCUCGACAUACCCUCGUACGUACGACCUCCUUCACGCCUGGCUCCUGUUCUCUGAGAUGGAGAAUCAGGGCUGUGGCCUGGAAGAUCUGCUGAUCGAGAUGGACCGCAUCAUGAGGCCUCAUGGGUAUGCCAUCAUCAGGGACAAAGCUGCUGUCAUAGACUACAUCAAGAAGCUUCUACCCACGCUGAGAUGGGACGACUGGUCAUCUGAGGUGAAACCAAAGAGAGACGCGCUUUCGUCAGGCGAUGAAAGAGUCUUGAUCGUGAGGAAAAGGCUAUGGGAUCAGGCACCACAGGCAUCGUCGUAGCAAGCAAGCGCAAAAUGGUUCUUGUUCUGGUCUUAAGUAGCCACUGCUAACCGUCGUUUCCCAAAUCCUACUGUAUCAUACAGUAGUUCUCUACCUUCUCCAUUAGCACUUUUACACACUAUCCUUUCUCCGCAGUUUUGUGUCUGUGAUGGAAUGUUCACAGAAGAGAUAGGAGGAGUAUGACAUGCAGAGUUGCAGACUUAAAUGGUUCAGAAUUCAUAGGGGUCGUCGAAAAAUGCUAAUCUCACUUUCGUAAAUUGAUCCAUUUUAGAAUUGACACUUGGAGAUUUGCCAUUGGCCAUUACUUUUCAUGUCAAUGUGUUCAUAAAAAGCGUAAAACUAUGCUAUAAAUUUUUCUUUUUGUCAUGACAAAGCUUAA